GGAAUAACCUCAGGCCGGUGCGGGGCCACGCCCUCCCAAGCGCCAUGCUGGGCGCUCGUGGCGCGGCCCUCGCGCGGGGCCUGCAGGUCCUGACGCACUCAUGGCGGCGGGACUCCCGCGCCCUGGCCCUGGCGCGUGGUGUGGGCGCGCCCCGCGCGGGGCACUGGCAGCCAUCUGCCGGGCCGGGACCGCGCAGGCGUCGGCUCAGCCUGUCGGCCGCGGCGGUGGUGAACUCGGCGCCCCGCCCUCUGCAGCCCUACUUGCGCCUCAUGCGGUUGGACAAGCCCAUUGGCACCUGGCUGCUGUAUCUACCAUGUACUUGGAGCAUUGGGUUAGCAGCUGAACCAGGUUGUUUUCCAGAUUGGUACAUGUUAUCCCUCUUUGGCACUGGAGCUGUGCUGAUGCGCGGAGCAGGCUGUACUAUUAAUGACAUGUGGGACCGGGACUAUGAUAAAAAGGUUAUAAGAACAGCAAGUCGCCCAAUAGCUUCUGGAGACAUUUCCAUUUUUCGAUCCUUUAUUUUCCUCGGGGGACAGCUGACCUUGGCACUGGGUGUUCUUCUGUGUCUGAAUUACUACAGUAUAGCUCUGGGAGCAGCAUCCCUGCUUCUCGUCAUCACCUACCCACUAAUGAAAAGAAUUACAUACUGGCCUCAAUUAGCCCUGGGGUUGACUUUUAAUUGGGGAGCUUUACUUGGAUGGUCUGCUGUCAAGGGCUCCUGUGAUCCUUCUGUUUGCCUGCCUCUUUAUUUUUCUGGAAUUAUGUGGACUCUAAUAUAUGAUACUAUCUACGCCCACCAGGACAAAAGAGAUGAUGCUCUGAUUGGCCUCAAGUCCACGGCGCUGCGGUUCCGUGAAAACACCAAGCAGUGGCUCAGUGGCUUCGGUGUGGCGAUGCUGGGGGCUCUGAGCCUGGUGGGAGUGAACAGUGGUCAGACGGCGCCCUACUACACUGCUCUGGCCGCUGUAGGAGCCCAUCUGGCACACCAGAUUUACACUCUAGACAUCCACAGACCUGAGGAUUGUUGGGAUAAAUUUACCUCCAACCGAACACUAGGACUAAUAGUUCUAUUAGGGAUUAUCCUUGGGAAUUUGUGGAAGGAAAAGAAGACAGAUGAAGCAAAGAAAAGUAUAGAUAGUAAAAUAGAAAAUUAGCAAAUGACGAUCUAGGAAUCUUUAAAACAGACGUUGGCAAAACACUCUCAGGUCUUGUUAGCACAUAGUUAGAUUUGAACAAGCAGUCUUGCAAUAUGUUAAUGAAUUAAGAACCAGAAGAUGAAGACAUAGACCAUAUUUGCCUGGAUUUAGUUCAAGUAUUUAUUAGCAAAAUCCUUCUCCUGUCUCAGAAACCAGGAACUCUAGGAUUUGAGUGACCUUGAGUCUUCUGCUCAUUAUGAUUCCCAUCUGCGGUUACGGGAAUGAUAUGAGUUUGGGCACUUUACAGGACGCCUGAUUUGUAUCUCAUCUAAAUGAAUGAAUGUAGGAAAAUGGACUUUAUUUAUAGGGAAAAAUAAAAGCUGCUGUAGCAAGUUGGGGUUUAUUGUUCUUUGUUGUGGCCUUUACUCACUACCAAAAGUUGUAAUUGAGGAAACCAUUCUGUUUUUUAUAUCUUAGGAGAAUUUAAAUAAGUAAAUAAAAAUUUAUACAAAUAAAAA